GAGCGCAUCGCACUAAUAUCUAGGAGCAGAUAUGCUGAUGGGUUAUGGAGCCUUACAUUUAAUGCUAUUAAUAUUUUAUGCAUGAUAUUCCUAUGGAACUCGUCACCCAAGGAUAAUCUGAUGGAAAUAAUCAUAAAGAGUUUUUACAUUCAUUACAGUGGAAUCAUGAUACUUGUAGAUAAAAAUUGGUUUCAAGGGCUCUUAAAUUUUUUCUUAACUUUAUCCGUUUUUGGGAUCAAUAAUAGAAGUUUGCAGUCAAAAGCAAUAGAAAUAUUUUCAGUACACGCCGUUCAUUUACUCUUAUCGGAUAUCUUUAGAUUAAGCUACUUGCAGUUCCUUACGCAUAAUAAAGAAUUUAAAAAGGCUCAUCCUAGAUUUCCUUACUUAUAUUAUCUUUUAGUAUGGUCCUUUUUAUGCUUAGCACAUACGCUAUUACAUGUGAUAUCAGUUCCUUUCAAUCAAUUGUACUUAAGAUACGAAGAUUUAUUUUUUCCCGUCAUUCUUCUUGAACUACGUUUAAUUUUUUCAUGGGAGUUGUGGUUAUUUCCCAUUCCCUCGUCGGAGUCGCUCCACUUGAAAAGUAUUCUAAGUAAUUUCAGAAAUCAAAGGAAGACAGCUGAAAAGACGUCUCUUAAAAAACAAAUAUGGCAAACGCUUAUUUGUACAAUGGUUAUGAAAAAAAAAAUUAACAGGCUAAAAAAAGCCAAACAAGCGAAAGCCGAAAAUUUAAACUUAUCAAACGAGCACGAAAAUUCGUAA